AUGCCCACCCCCUCCACAACACCCACGCUUCCCCCACUCCUCAGCCUCCUCCCCUCCUACACGCCCAGCACCCUCCCACCCCGCCUCCUCGCUGCUGCCGACUCCCUCCUCACACAAUCCCGCCAGCGCGCGCCCCACCUCAAAGCCGAAGAAGAGAUCGCGCGGCCCCACGCCUGCGCCGAACUGGCCAUCGACCGCUUGCGCGAGGCGCUGCGCCUACCGCCCAAGAAGACUGGUGUUGGCGCCGGAGGCAGGCGCGUGGUGUCUGCGAGUGGGGCGGGUGGCGGGCCGCCGUGCAAGCCGGCGGUGUAUAGGAAGUUGUUGGAGUUUUUGAGGGGGGUGUUGGAACGGGAGGGUGUGGUGGAGAUGGCGGGGAGUGGGAGGAAGAGGAAGCGGGGCGAAGGGGGUGGUGCGGCGGGAGAGGAGGAUGGGGAUGGCGUGGGAGAUGAGGAGGAGCAGGAGCAGGAGGAGGACGGGGUUGUGAGGACGCCGAGUAAGAGGGCGAGAGGCACGCCGGUUGAGACGCCAACGAAGAAGUCGGCGAGCACGAAGAAGGGCGGCAGUGGGUUUGUGGGCAAGGUGAAGUCGCAGAGCGCAGUCAAGACGGGCCUCGAUGCCGAAGCGCCGCAGUUCGUUAGGGUCGCGGCCCGGCGGCUGUGCAAGGUCUACGACACGCCUGCGAUGGCGCCGCACGUUUACACGGGUUCGUGCGAGGUGCUGCACGUGGCGGGUCUUUGGCCUCCCACAGCCGACGAUGGUGGAGAGGUCAAGGACGGCUUCGAGGGCGAUGUGUUGGCCAUGGUGGUAGCACUGUACCUAAUGGUGCUGACCAAGAUGGGCACGGGGCAAAUGAAAACAACCAUCUUCAAUGGCGUAUGCGAGAAGGCACUGGAGAUGUUUGCAUCGAAGGGCCUGGCGGAGAAGGAUGCCAUUACGGAGUGGAUCAAGCGCAUCAAUUCCGAAGGCUGGUGUAAGGGCCAGCAGUGGUUCGAGAGCGUGCCGGAGAACAAGUUCGUGUUCAAUCUCAAUGGGAGCGGUGCAGAUGAGGAGGUGGAUGUCGAUGGCGAGGUGCUGGACGAUGACCGCGAGUUCGGUUUUGGUUUGCGAAGGAUAGACAUGGACCUCAAGAAGGAAGAUCCGGAGGGGGUGUUGCUGCCUGGCUUGGGCACUAUGAUGCAAGAUUCUGUGGACUGGUGCAGUGAGGCGAGACGACGGCAGUUCGAGCUGUGGAAGAAGGGGAUCUUGAAGCGAUUACAGGAGGCGGAUGGGGGCGGCGCAAGUAGGGCGAGGAAGGCUGGCUCUCGAACUGCUGCCGUCCAUUGA